AUGUCAAAUCACAUAAUAAAAUUUGAAUUAAUGAAAAAAAUCUUGAAUAGAUAUUCAUAUUCUGAGAAUGAUGAAUUAGGGAGUGGAGCAUUUGGAACUGUGUAUAAAGGUGUUGAUUAAAAAAAUAAUUAAUAAGUAGCUAUAAAAUGUACUUAAAAUUCUAUUUUAGUUUUGAAAUUGGAUGAUUUAUAUGAUUAAUAGUUGAUAGAGAAUUUCAAGACAGAGAUGAAGAUAAUGAAGGAAUUUAAUCAUCCCAAUAUUGUUAAAUUUAUAGAUUAUCAUAUGGGUGAUAAGCUGAAUGUAAUUAUAAAAAAAAUCUGUUAGAUUGUAAUUAUUGAUUAUUGUGAAGGAGGAGAUUUAUCAAAAUUUAUAGAUUAAAAUGGAUCAAUGCUUGAUGAACAUACAGCGACAUAAAUAUUAAUAUAAAUUGUUAAUGGCUUUAGAGAGGUAAUAGCAAAAGGUUAUAUUCAUCGUGAUGUUAAACCUGCCAAUAUUUUAAUAAAAAAUGGAAUCUUUAAGUUGGCAGAUUUUGGAUUUGCCACUAAAGUGUUGAAUAAUGAAAUACUCAAUUAAUAAGUUGGAACUCCUUUAUAUAUGGCUCCAUAAUUGUUAGAGAAUAUUCCUUAUACUUCUAAAUGUGAUAUAUGGUCUUUGGGAAUCAUAGCUUACGAAAUGAUUUAUGGUCGUCAACCAUGGCCUUGCAGAGACAUGAAAUCAUAUUUAAAAAAUAUUAAAUGCUAUCCUCUAAGGUUUCCUAUUGACAAAGCAGUUUCUGAAUAAUAUAAAAGUAAUUUAUAUAUUAAAGAUAGAUUUUGUUAGAUAAUGUUUAAAAGUUGAUGAAAAUUAAAGAAUUUCAUGGAAAGAACUUUUUGAACAUCCAUUAAUUGAUACAAGAUAAAUAGCAUAAAAGACAUUUGUAAGUUUUAAUUUAAAAUUAGAAAAUUAUUGAAAUCGAUGAGGAAACAAAGACAAUUCUAAAAAAUAUUUAAUACAUUGCUUAAAUAAGAUAGCUAAAAUUAGAAGAGCAAUUCAAUAAGCAUGAUUUAGAUAAAGAAGGAAAUUUAGAUUUUAAUGAGUUUCUUUAAUUCAUAAUUAAAAUCGAUCCAUCUCUAACUUCUAAAGAAAUAUCUAAAUUAUUUAUUUUUUUAGAUUAAGAAAAAAAUUAAAAAAUCAAUUUGAAAGAAUUUUAGGUCAUUUUUUGUGGAAAUGAUUUCUCGGAUUUAAAAAAUCUUGCGUAAAGAAUAAUCUCAGAUUUAAAGGAGAUUAUUGCAAAUAAUAAAUUAAAUGUUGAUUAGAUUUUUCAUUUUUAUGAUGAAGAUAAAGAAGGAGAUUUAAAGCUUGAUGAAUUUACGAAACUUAUUACACGAAUUGCUCCAGCUUUAAAACCAAAGGAGAUUUUCAUAGUAAUAUCAUAUAUUAAUAAUUUGUAAGGUUUUUACUGAGUUUGAUAAAGACCAUAAUAACUCUAUAAGUUUAGAAGAAUUUAAAAAAGUAAUUUGUCCUUAAGGAUAAAACUAUGAAAAACUAAAAUUACAAGUAUAUAAACUUUAUAAUCAAAAUAGAAAUUAUAAAAUGAAUUAGUUUUACAAAUAAAAAGUAAAAAAGAAACAAGUGAAAACAUUUUCAAAACCUUCAAUUCUAGCAAAAGUAAUAAAAUGAAUUUUGAAGAGUUUACAAUUAUGUGUAGAGAUUUGAUGAAAGUAAUAACGGAUAAUGAAAUACAUUAAGUUUUUAAAGCAGCAGAUAAAAAUUAGGAUUAGUUAAUUAGAUAUGAAGAAUUCAUCUAGUUUUUUAAAUGAAUUUGAUUCAUAUUUAAGAUGUGU